AUGUCUCUGUCAAAGUUGACCAACACUCUUUUGCUAACAAGUACCUUCUUGUCCAGUCUCGGACAGGCAGCUUGGCCCAAGCGUGGCCUCGCAUCCAACGACGACAUCAACAUCUCCCAGUUCGGCGGCAGCUACCAGGGACAGCCAUCCCAGGUCAACUGGCAGUACAACUGGGACAGCACGACGUCAAACAAGCAGUCGUACGCCGAGUAUAUCCCCAUGCUCUGGGGUACAUCGAGCGACCACACCAACCAAUGGUCCAACAACGUGAACUACUGGCUCUCCAAGGGCUCGGGCCAUAUCCUUGGCUUCAACGAGCCCGAACGUUCGGACCAGGCCCAUCUUUCUACCCAAGAUGCCGCCAAUGCUUUCAGGCAGUACCUGACACCCUUCAAGGGACGCGCCUCCAUCGGCGCUCCAGCUGUGUCCAAUGAUGGGUACGGCUGGAUCACAGACUUCAUGGGCAAAUGUCAAGAUUGUGGCAUUGACUUUAUCCCUAUCCACUGGUACAACGACUACACCCAGUUCAAUGACUUCAAGAACUGGGUCACUUCCAUCUGCAAUCUAGGAAAGACCGUCUGGAUUACUGAGUUCGAGGCAUAUGGUUCCAUCGAUCAGCAGAGUGCUUUCCUCAAGCAGGCUAUCCCUUGGCUGGACAACAACAGCUGUGUCUACCGCUAUGCCUACUUCGGUGCCGCGGACCCUUCCAAGUCCCUGCUCAUGUACGACGGUCCGACACUCUCCCCCAUGGGAAUCCAGUACACAUACACUCCCUACGGAGGCACCCCAUGUGGAGGUGUCACCUGCUGAGCUGUUAAGUAGUUCUUGAGUACCUAUUUUGGAAUACUGUCAGUAUGAUGUUUAAUAUAACCCAAUAUAAGUCAAUACUAUCUUGUUAGUGUUCGUGCCCGGUGUUCCUGUGAACAGUGCGGGAUGGGGCGCUUCCAUCGCCCAACGUUCGUGAGAAGCAAGCCCGCUUAGCACGCCAAGAUGAGUUAUUGAAAAGUACUUUUGCUUGAGUGGAAAAAUUGCGUGAGGAGACUUAGUUUCUUAUUGCCAAGGCAAGUCGCCAUCCGCUUCAAGCUGCAAGUAGCCUGGGUUGCGUUAUGAACUAGAUGUGGUGUCUUGCAGCAUUUUACUUAGUCACAUUGCUUGCUUUUACUGACUAAACCAAGCAUCAUUGCACUCGAAGAGGGAAUUGUCAACGCAAAUCUCAGGUGGUAUACAUAUACCUUAUAAAUCGAUUGAAUU